ACAUUCGUCAACAACAUUGUUAUUAUCCACCUAAUAGUCGGCGUAAUCAAAAAUAAUUAAUAACAUGGCAUAAUCAACAAUCGGAAGCAAUAAAAAAAUCUAAUUCAACGAAUGAAGCCCGGGCAAGGCCAUGGCCGCGCGCGAGGAAGUUCUCACUAGUCCGUCACUAUACGCCGUUACCGACGCUUCUUCUGCCUAAUCUGUGCACGUUCGAAAUUCAAAUCGGGAAAUACGACGCGUUAUUUUUUUAAAUUUCUUUUUUCUAGUGAUGUGCAAGUUUUGUCGGUUUUAAAAUGACAAUUGUAACGUGUUCUGGAAAACGUCUGUGACAAAAAUAGACGCCUACAAAUUGUUAUAAUUAAACUGUAUGUAAAUAGAGUGGAGGACGGACGUGUCGUCUGAUUCAGUGGUGUAAAUAAACGUUUAAAAGAAAUAUUUUAAAGUAAAAUAAUGGUAUAUGAGAAUAGAACUAAAUAAAGUGCCUUAGUGUAAUGCAUUUUGGGAUUACAAAUAUUACAAUGAUGUGUGGAAGACUUACGAGGAUUUUUAUAGUUAUAUUUACGUGUUAGUGAAGUAUAGAUGCCCUAGAUGCUACAAAAGCGGUACACCAUGUUGCCAAAGCUGAAAAAAUGCUGCUGGUGCCUUUCAUUACGGACAGGAUGUUUUCUACUGGCAAUUUUAUCUUCCCUAAUCUGCGUGGCGACCAUCACCGCAGGCGCGUGGAAUCUCCCCAACUACGACAGACCAGAGGACAACUUCAUCGCCAUGAGUGCGGUCAUGUUCUCCACUUUAUCCCUCAUCAGCAACGUCGUCAUCUUACUGGGGCUGUUACUUAAACGUCCCGGCUUCCUGCAACUGACGAUACUCUUCAACUCGGUCUUUAUUCUCUGCCUGUUCCUAGUGGCGCUGGUCUUAUGUCUGUUCAGCCCGAAGGCGGAACCUUACCUGAGGGAACCAUUGAAUAUAGUGCUGAUCGUGUUGGCCAUAUGUGCUGGCGUUGUGUAUUCUUUCUACUAUAAGAUGGUAGUCAACAGUACCUACCGUCAAAUGAAGAUUUGGAACGAAAGCGCUAUUCCUGUAUAACACAUGGGUAUUUAGGUUUUAUAUCUCACAAUAUACUUAUGUAAACAAGAAUUAAAGUGAGAGGUAGCGACUGCAUUUGUAAGGAUAUUCAAAUAUUUAGAUCAAUUUUAUUACACUGGCCAAAUAGGGCCUGUACAUAGGCAGCCGGUCCACUGGAGCCAGUCAGCGGUAACUUGAGCAAGGAGCGAAAAUAAAAGGAGAUUUUAUUGGUGGACUAGCGCCUCGGCUUCGCACGGGUUAUAUAAAACCUUUACAAAUUAUACUGAAACCUUCCUCAAGAAUUACUCUAUUGAUAGGUGAAAACCGCAUCAAAAUCCGUUGCGUAGUUUUAAAAAUAUAAGCAUUAGGGACAGACAGACAGCGGAAAGCGACUUUGUUUUAGUGAUUUUUAUCUUGCUCACGGCUGCUCCAGUGGACAGGCAGCCUUACAGUCGGUUGCACCAAACCAUCUGUCACCGUAAAACUGCUGAGUAGCGUUGAUCAUGAAGUCAUUUGUGGUUGGUGCAACUGGCCUUUAGUCUGCCAGAUACGACGAGCCAAUGUACAUAUUGUGCCUUAAAAUGUAAAAUGGUUAACUAACCCAGGAGGAACGGAAUUUUCAUUGCAGAAAUCCUAAUGUCAAAGGGAGAGAACAAUAUAUUCAAUCGACUAUCGAUAAUUUACGUAGCACGUUAAUUAAACAAGUAUUAAUUGUCUUCGGUUACCGCGAGAGUU